AACGAAUUUCACUGACGAGAAAACAGAAGAAUAACUGACAGACGGAUGAUUUUAACUCAGACCUUUGAUUCAGAAACAUGUGAUCAGAUGAUGUAAUAACAUAAAGCAGCUCCAUUUUCACCAGCUGCAACAAUCAAACACCGCGCACAGUACUCGGUGUGUGUACUCAGAGUGAUGGAGGGAGUGUGUGAGGACGACCUCUGCUGGCUGCAGCUGGAUGAUUUCAGGAUGCUGCUCAUCAAAACCAUCGACCCUUCAAGAAUCACUCCGUACCUCCGCCAGUGCCAGGUGAUCAGUGCUGAGGAUGAGGAGCAGCUCUUCAACGACCCCGCCCUCGUCAUCAGGAGAAGAAAAGUCGGAGCCCUACUGGACAUCCUGCAGAGGACAGGGGUCAAAGGUUACACGGCCUUCCUGGAGAGUCUGGAGCUGGAUUAUCCUCAACUGUACAGCCGCAUCACCGGGAAGGAGCCCAACAAGACCUUCAGCAUCCUCAUCGACACAGCAGGUGAAUCUGGUCUGACUCAGUUCUUGAUGUCGGAGCUCAGCCGUCUGCAGAGGGCGCUGCAGGACGAGAGGAGGCGUCGCCAGCAGGCCCGCUCCGUCGCCAAGGAUCAGGAGGCGUGGUCUCGGCAGCAGCAGCUGAGGGACCACGAGCUGAGGAAGCUGACUGAGCGCAUGCAAAAGGUUCGGGAGGAGCGUGAGCGGCUGAGCGAGGAGGUGAAACAGCUCAGAGAUCACAACUACGGUCUGAUGGCCGACAUCAACAGUCUGAGCCAGGAAAAGAGCAACGCCCUGCUGGCCAACAGGGACCUGCAGAUAGAGGUGGAGCGUCUGAAACACACGGUGCUGCGAGCUGAAAGUCAGACUCGACUGCUGAGACGACGAACACUGAGACCGCUGCAGGAGAGCAGGAGUCUGGCUCUGCCCACAGACACCUUCUUCCACCCCAACAGACCGGAGGAGCAGAAAGAGGAAAAACACGAGGAGAAAAAAGAGGAGAAGCAGGAAGAGAAGAAGGAGGAGAAGCAGAAGGAGACGCAGCAGCAGCAGCAGCAGCAGAGUCCAGCUCCUCUUCAGAUGAACCUCCUCUCUACAGUGUUCAGACUGAGGAGAGACCUCCACAGAGCAGAGGAGCAGAGAGCCAGGAGUCUGGAGGAGAAGGAGGAGCUGGAGCUGCAGUGCACUCAGCUGAAGGGAGACGCCAGGAUUUACCGCCAACGAAACAAACAAACCCUCAGACAGCUGGAGGAGGUGAUCAGAGAGAGAGACAAGGCACUGUCGUCGCGGGGAGAGCAGCAGGAGGAGGCGCGGCAGCUCCUGCAGGAGAAGGAUCAGUACAGAGAACAGGUCAGACAGCUCACAGAGAAAUCGGAUAGGCUGGAGCUCCUCCUGCUGAGGUCACAGGGGGAGGAGCUCCAGCUGAGGACACGCCUCCGCAGAAUCACCUGCAACACUCACCAGUGUGAUAGGAGUGUGAGCAGUGAGGAAGAGGAGGAGCCCACAGAGAACGCUGAUAAAGGCAGCAGUGAGGAGGUCCGGAGUGGGACGUCGGGGGAGAAUGAGGAGGCGGCAGCGCUGCAGCAGCACAACAACUCUCCUGUAGGAGGAGCCGCAAAGUCUGAACAGAAGCCCAGCACUGCUGCAUCAUGGGAGACAGAUGACCUCCUGACCUCCAGAAGUCGACCAAACUUCUUCUACCGCAGGAAGCGAGCCGUCAGGUCGAAGCUCUGCUGUAAAGAGUACACAGCCGGUAACCUUGACGACAGCAGCGGCAGUGACAUCACCGACUCCGACUGACCUAUAGAGAGCCUCGACUCAGAGACGUUGGACUUUAAAACAUUUGGCUUUUUAUUCAGUUUGUUUCUCUUUGAUCUUUUAUGUACGUUUCACUUCACUUUAUUCAGCUGCUGACGGUGUGUUCAGGUGGAGGGCCGCAGCUUUGUCAUAAAACUGUAUUUAUAUAAACGUAGUUUGUAUUUUGUUCAUGUCUGUUUCCACAAGAAGAAAACGGAACGAAAAGUUACGAAUAAUAAAAAUAAAACAUCAGGAAUCACUGGUUUGAGAUACUUCUGAGAGAGUGAGUUCAACGUCUUAUCUCACUGAUUUACUUUGUGUAUCUGAUGAAGUCCGUCUUUAUCUUUUUAUGAAUAUUUAUUUUUUUCUGCAGUAAGAAAGUAAAAGAGGUUUUAUAUACAGUAUGAUGAUCUGAAGUUCUUCUAGUUAUGAUUAAACCUGAACAUCAUCUCUCAAACUGUGUGUUCUCAGGUUCUACAAUAUUUCUGUUGGUUUGAAAUAUUUCUUGUAAAUUGCAUCACAGUCUCAUAAUUUUGACUAAAAAAGUCCAAAUAUUA